AUGUCAUAUUUGUUUAACGUUCACUGUUGUCUGAUGUUAUAUUUGGUGAGCGUUCACUGUUGUCUGAUGUCAUAUUUGGUGAGCGUUCACUGUUGUCUGAUGUCAUAUUUGGUGAGCGUUCACUGUUGUCUGAUGUCAUAUUUGGUGAGCGUUCACGGUUGUCUGAUGUCAUAUUUGUUUAACGUUCACGGUUGUCUGGUGUUAUAUUUGGUGAGCGUUCACUGUUGUCUGAUGUCAUAUUUGGUGAGCGUUCACUGUUGUCUGAUGUCAUAUUUGGUGAGCGUUCACUGUUGUCUGAUGUCAUAUUUGUUUAACGUUCACGGUUGUCUGGUGUUAUAUUUGGUGAGCGUUCACUGUUGUCUGAUGUCAUAUUUGGUGAGCGUUCACUGUUGUCUGGUGUCAUAA